UCAUUUCAUUUUCACCAAAUUCGCACCCACAGGAGUUAAAACCCUUGGUCAUUUCAGCUUUUAAUCGUCAGUUUUUCCGGAGCUCUGCUGCCGUCGACCAAUCAUGGUGAGACGGCGUCGCGAAGAAACCGAACCUGAGACGUUGUACAACACGGUUUUCGUGGAUACCAACCUUGAUACCCACUUGGCUUUAAUUGUCUCCGACUCCGAUUAUGUCUCUGAUCUCAAAGAAAAGAUUGUAUUUGAACAUUUAAGGUGCUUUCCUGAGAAGAGGGAGUUGAAGAUUUCUUCUGUGAAGGUGAAACGGAAAGGACAUUAUUAUCACCUGCCUGAUAGUAUGCUUGUCACUAGUGUGUUUGAGGGUAUCAAAAAGGGUUGGUUCCUUUCUGUUGAUGCUUCUAGCUGUGACCAAGGCUUACUUCGUAUCACAUAUCCGCAAAAUGGAGCUGACUAUCUUCUCCCUAGUGAUUCAUUCAAAGCAAUGGCUAAACAGAAGGUUUUUGAUACUAAUGAACCUGACCCGGCUCACGGAAACUUGGCAUCAAGCUCCAUCGUGAAAGAUAAGGAUGUCGCCAAGGCCGUUGGUGAAUUCAAGAGUGUGAAGCCCAUGGAUGAAUCACAGGAACUUUCUCCUAGAGCUGGUCCUGUGGCAAAGAAGUGUAAAAUGAAGCAUACAGAAGAUAUAGUCAACCACCCGGUAACAGAUACCCACGCUUCAAAGCAUGGUGUAGGUAAUGAUGAUUUUGAUUAUAAGAUUGUUGGAAAUGAUACUACUUCGACAAAUUGUGAUGAAGAACAAUGGGUGACUAUAAACAUGAAACUGAAAGAUGCCAGUGCUGAACCUUUAAGAAACCAACCUUCUGAUCCCAGUAAGAUAUCAAAACUGGGAAAGAAGAAAUGUAGGCUGGGUGGGGCAAGUGCUGAAAUCUCUGGUGUGCAGGAUGAGCAAUGUGGAAAUAGGAACAAUGAUACACUUGACGAAACAUCGAAGUCUGGGACCAUUGAAAGUAAAGUGAAAAAAUUGGGUACCAAGAAAAGCAGUCGAGGUCCCACCAAGUUCAAUCAUAGGGAUGUCUUGAUGGUCGCAAUUCCAGAGAACUCCACAGCACAUAGACCAAUAAAGUCAGCUUUAGCAGACGCAUUGGGAGACCAAUCUGUGGGAACAGAUACAGCCCAUAAGAAGAGCAAAAAGAAGAAGGGAAAGGGCUCAUCCAUGUGCCAUGAUGAAGUUGCCUGUAUGGUUCUGAGUUCCGAUGAAAAACUUGAGGGGAAUAGGAGGUUAGAGCAAAAUGAAGGAGUUGAAAUGAAGAUCUGUGACAAGUUGACUGAUGUUGACUGUACUAUUCAUGUUACUCAAUCUGGACUCCAAGAAACAUCUCCAGUUAAAAAUCAAACUUCAAACAAAGAGUGGCCAGCACCAGUCAGCAAGGAGUUCUAUGAAAUGUAUUCAGUUGGCCAACCUAUGUGUGAAUCUAUUCUCUCAGGAGAUAAUGAACCUAGAACUGAUGGUGCUAAUACAACUGGAGAACAAGAGGAGCUGACAUCGAACUGUGAUUUUGAAAUGCGGAUGAGUGAGAAGUUGGGCGAUGCAAGUACCAAGGAUCCAGUGUCUUCCUUCCUGUUGGCACAUUCGCAAGGAGCAGCAGAGAAUAGAAUUGGGAGGAAGCAAAGCAAGGCCAAGAAGUCAACUCGUCGUCAUGAGUUAGAUAUGAAAAAUAUUGUUGAGGCUUCUAAAAAUACUAGUGCAUCUGAGCAAGAUAUAGUCCGCCAUGAUGGUUCUGGUGAUGCAACUACAAAGGCUGGUGGAAGUAUUGUGCCAAAAGCUGAUAUAAACGAAAUAGGGAAAAGAUGCAAGUUGUCAGUUACUCAAGGUGCUGAGACCUCCCUUCCUUCAGAUAACAAUAAAGCAACUGGGGCAUCUAAAGAACAAUUUCUCUCAGCUGAAAAGUCAUUGGAUGACAAGGGGAACAUUGAAUCUGGAAAUGCAAGCAGCACGAAGCGGAAGAAAAAGAGUCGCAGGCAAUCUGCUGAAAAGAUUCCUGAUAAAUUAGAUGGAGAGGAUGACAGUAGGGUGAACUGCCCCUCUUUAGCUGCAGGAAUUGGACCUAUAGCUGGUCCUGUAACUGAGCAGAGUAAGAAAGUUGAAAUUUCGUCUGAUGCUGGAAAGCUGCAGAUUUGUCUAGAUACAGAGGUGAAAGGGUCGUCUCAUAACAAGGAUCUCAUGCAAGUUCAAUCUGCAACAUGCAAAUCUUCAGAUCAUGCCAAAGCAGAAAUGACCAUUAAGGAAGUGGAAACUGUCUCUGCAGCUCCAUCUGAUGUGAAGGUUGCUGAAGGACAUGAAAACUCUGGUCGAAGUAAGAAAAAGAAGGCAAAAAGGAAGGAGGUUGCCACCAGUAAUAUUGAUGUUUCAUGUGCCCCUUCGGCAAUGCAUGAUCCUCCAGCUAAUCAUUUCUUUCAAGGGUCUAAUCAAGAUAAAGAUGCAUUGCCCGCCACCGAAAGAAAGGGAGCUUCAGAACAAGAGUCAAAGAUUGCCUAUGCUGCAGGUUCUCAUCAACACGUUGAGAAGACAACCCUCAUUGAGGCAGAGCUUCUUCCUGUUGAGGAGAAGGAAAAUGAGUUUGAGCAUUUGCUGCUUAACCAAACUGGUAAAAAUCAGGAGACUGUAAGCCUUGUAGAAAGGAAACUGAAAACCAAAACCAAAAAGAGCCAAAGUUCUAAGAAGAGUAAAUCUGAUUUGGCUAUUCAAGACCAGGAAGUCAGUCACAAAGAAUUAGCAGCUUCAAAUGAUAAUCCGAGAGACGUGAGCCCUCUGCCAGAGCCAAUGGAGAUAAUUGAGUCAGGUAAAAAUACUAAUGUUGAUCGGUUGGAUAUUACCAAGUUGGAAAAUCAGAGAAAUCCUGGUACUGACUCCAAUUCAAAGAGUUCUGGGAAGGAGUUAAGAAAUGCUAACUCUUUUCGUGUGCCAUCUCAUCCUUUGGCCAAGGGUAAGUUAGAGGAGACGCAUGAGCCUGAAAUUAAUACUGAUAAAAGCGAGAGUAUAAACUUCAAGAAAUAUUUUAUUCCUGGUCAACAACGGGGUGAAGUUGCAUCAAAGAAACCAACGAAAUCAAACAGAGACAUAAAAGCUGGCAGAAAAUCAAAGAAGGAUGGAGUGAUUUCUGGGGGCACUUCGGAAGAUAUCUUGAACUCAAGAACUGAGGUGACAGUUCCAAGUCACUCUAGCGUUCAGGGAGAUAAAACUCUUGAAGACACUGGAAUGCUUGCAACUUUUGAUGCUCCUGCUUCCGAAAAGGAUUGUAAAGAACCUAUGGAGGAAUCUAUGUCCAGCUCAAGCUCAAGAGGUUCUGAUAGAUUCCCCGAGAACAGAAGACAGCAAACAGGUUCCGAAAUCCAAAGUUUGGCUACCAAAAAUACAAAAAUGAGAACUGGAGACCCCGAGGAUUGUACACCAAAGAGAGGAGUGCUUCCUACAUCAGGGCCUAAAUUUGGGGAUAGUAGAUCGAGAAGGUCUGGCAGUAAGGGGGGUGGAAAUUCUGAUUCUGCGACUGAGACUCCAUCUGAUUAUUCAUCCUCUUCUGGCUACUCGGUUGAAGGAAGUGAUAUAAGUCAGGCUUCUACUCCAAAUGGAGCUAAUGUUGCAAAACACGACGAUGCUGGUGCAAAGCGUAAGGUCAAAUCAAACUUUUUAGGUCAGGACAUAACCAUAGAUAUGAUCCUGAGAAGCUCUAGCCGUUUCAAGAAGGCUAAGGUUAUAGCUGCUCAAAGUCAAGAUGAAGAAAGUCAGCCUGUUGAUGUUGUCCCUGAUAGUCUAGCAGACGCUUGGAACCAGUAACUCCCUCUCCUUGGUUGCGGGUGAACUGAACCCAAACCCAAAUUUUGGUACAAAAUCACCCGUCCAUAGCACCCUCCUCCCUCUUUAAUCGUCUGUCACCUUGGGCUUUCCGAAGCAACAAGAAAAAUAAAAACAAGGAGAAAAGUUUUUUUUUGGCCUGUACGUACUUAUGUAUUACUAUCAUUAACUAAAGGUUAAUCAGGUUUACAUUGUACACCGAUUUAUAUUCAUGCACAUGACGUGAUUUUGGUUCUGGUUUUGGAA